AUGCGGGCAGCACGUUAUCUCUUGGAAGGCGCAGCAGAUUUCGUCUGGGCCAAUGAGGCAAAUCAGGAGCUGUUCGAGACCUUGUUGAACAAUGUGCAACAGGCGGCUUCAGCAGCAGGGCAGGCCUUUGAGGAUCACCGUUGCUCGGACCUGCUACCUGAAUGGGCUGCUCCCCACAGCUGGCGCCUCCAGGAGGGCCUUCCUCUCCACGGAAGAGAGGCCGGCCCACAUCCGGGAUGGCGGCGCUGCCCGAGAUCAGACAAAGACUCUGGUUCUUCAGCGCUUGGCUGGCGGGUGACUCACUGGGAGUCCAAGUCCUUGCUUGGAUACUGUCAGGCUGUGAACCGACAGUUUGACUUUGUGGAUAUUGACGCUUCAAUCGCCUCCGGCUGUUCCCACAUUGGAGCAACUCUCGAGCUGGUACGGCCAGGUGGGCUGCUAUAUUUGGCUGCGACCGGUUUGACAGCAACGAAGCCUUCACUGGCUUUCCAGAGCUUGGGCGUGCGGCUGGCUCGAUGCCCGCCCACAGAAACUUUGCACGACCACAUGGCACGAGCGCUUAUUUGGCGAAUGGUGUCUGCUGCAGACAGUUUGGGACUCAUCGCGCAGCCACUCUUCAGUCUCUACCGUGGAACCGGAGAUGUCUUCCGAAUCCUGUUCCGUGUGGUGCGCAGAUCUGGUGAGAGUACCUUGAGGGCGUUCUGCUGUGGAAUCUGCUGCGACUGCAAUGUUUAUGUGGGCCCAUUGGAAGAGGAAGGCCUGCUGGGUGCGCGCCAUGCCCGACCCAGAUGCCGCAAUUGUCAUUCCAGUGAUUUCGUUUGCUGGGGUCCUUUGUGGACAGGCAGCUUGAAUUCAGACCCAUUCCUUGCACAGCUUCAGGCUGAUGCGGCCAUGCGAGGAUGGUUGCAGGACUUUGUCAUGUUGGCCAUGUUGGCGAACCUCCAACAACUGGAACAGAUUCUGCUCAUGCACUUGGUUCUGUUGGCUUGCAGCGGCAGGCAGCCGCACGUCACCACUCGCAGAGCUGCUGCCAAGGCUUCGGGCAGAGGCAUCAGCAGAGGCCGCUGCAGAGGCUACGGGCGCAAUGCUUCGUCCGUGGACGCUGCGCUUGCCAGCAGUGGCGCAGCGUGGAGGACCGCUGUGCCCUGUGCCCUGAACAGUCAGUCUGGAUGGCCCAAGCAAGACGGGCUGGAUGCGCUGAGUCUAGAUGUUGCCAUGUCCGUCAUGUCUUUCAGGAUUCGUUACCUAAUGCUCACACCAGUUGAGCCGCGGGCCCUCAAGCAAAAGGCAGGAGCAGUGGAUGCAGUUGCCCAGGAGCACUUUCGAACAUCUGCAGACGUGUCAGAGGUGGUGACGAUUGCCCAAAAUCUAAGCCUCAACCGCAGGUACCCAGGCGCGAUGCAAGCGGCAUUGGAGGCACCGAUGAACUGUGCCCUGCACGAGAAAAGGUGCCUUUUUGUGGAAAGCGCUGGAGAACUGGCCAACUGGGAUCCUGACAGUCGGAGAACCUACUGCAAGGAGACAAGCUCUUCCAACAACUCGGAGCACUUGGAGGCGAAGCUUCCAGCACCUCCUCGUCUGGCCAGCUUGGCGGAGACCGCGAAGGAGAUCGCGAAAAUAAAGCAGAAGCUGCAUGGCGAAUACGUCACCUACAUCAAUGGCAGGGAGGUUACCGUAACUGGUGAUUCAAGAAAAGCAGACAUUGCGAUGUGUGUCUUUAGUUCGCUUCUGGCAACACACCAACUGGCGUCAGCCGGCAUGUCCAUCAAUGCCGCUGUGGCUACCUGCGGGUGGGAUGGCAAUGGGACGAAGGUUGAGGCUUGCGCAGCCAACAUCGGCACUACAUUGGCCACGCUUUCUGGGACUGCAUGCUUCUUGACGGAGUUGGCGUUGAACUGUCCGUCUGAGAAUGUGGACUGGCGAGCGGGCUGUGCAAAGCCCAUCGAAACUCUACUCAGUGGCUUGGGUGGCCUCGUCGGCCACUCCUCUGGUAUCUCACAGGCAUGCGAUGAGAUUGAAAAUGGCGCAACCAUCUUCAACCCUGUGAACGUGAACGAUGAGACAGGACUUGCGAAUUGCAUUCUGAACGCUGAUCAGGCGGCAUUCUUUGCAGGUAGGGCGGGUCUGAACGUGAAUGCCCUGGCGAAUGGUGAUUGCUCUGACAGCAACUCAGCGGCGGGUUGUUCAGCCAGUGUUACUGGCGCAUUGACCUCCUUCGCAUCGAUGGCGUCUUUCCUUGCUGGCGCGGUCUCGAAGUGCACAAAGUACAAGUUGUAUUCACCGGCCUGCGCUGCAAACAUUGCUGGCUGCCUGCUUAAAUGCGUGGCAUUUUAA